GCCACUCAAAGUUCCUAGCUACGGGUCUCAACUAAGCCCUAUGACCCUGAAGAAGACCAAUCCUCAAAUUUAUUCACUCUGUAUAAUCCAAGUUCAAUUUAUUCUUCAUCCAUCUAAUAAGGCUAGUAUACACUCUUCCUCGUCACUCAUGUGUGAUCUAAUGGUCGCAUGUGGAGGUUCCGAAAGAACACCUCCAGCUUGUGCUCAGUAUGAACAUGAAUUUGCAGAUUUUUACUCAGAUCCUCGGGGUAUCAAGCAGAUGAGCUGUCGAGGCUUAACAGCGUUAAACUUGGCCUCGGGGUGCCAAAGAAUUAAACAAAGUCGAGAUGAAGGGGCAGAUUUAGGAUUACUGUCUGCGUCCAAAUAAGCACCCGUGCGUGUCCCUAAUUCCCCUUGAUCUCUGUAAUCUCCGGAACAAGUGACGAUUGUUAUUCAUACAUUUGGAUCGUAAAUACAAUCACCGAGCCACUAAUCCUAACUGCAGCGGGCAAUUUGCCCUACGUUAGUUACGUCAGCGCGUCUUUGGUCUCUCCUCUGCUCGGUCUGGAGCUCGCAGCGCAGCGCGCAUUACAGCCGUGCCAGCGCAAAGACUUUCUCUGUCAACUCCGUGAACUAUAAGCUGGAGUGGCACCACGUAAAGGUUACGACACAGCCAUGCACAUUUUACAAUUCAGGCAAGAGUGAUACCUCCUCUACCUGUUACUCUUCUUUUUUAUUUUCUUUCCCUGACACACUUUGUCUGCACGGCUGCAGCGAUUCACCAUUGAACCCAAAAACCACGACAGCGUUUUAACGCGAUCUUGCCGGGUGCUGCAGAGGAAUCGCCUGGUCGGCGCGGCGCUGGGUUUGGUCGUCAUGGUGGUGGUGCUACUAGUCGCGAUUCCCCUGCUGGUCCAGAGCUCCACCAUCUCCGCGCACUACGAGAUGAUGGGCACUUGUCGCAUGAUCUGUGACCCGUACAGCCCGAAAGCAAGCGCCACGGCGCUGGAAGUCAUGCAGGAUCUCGGUGCCAUCCCACCGCCGCCGCCUCCUCCGUCUUUCUCCCGCGGGAACAAAGGAGACCCUGGCCGCCCGGGCAAGCCUGGACCGAGAGGUCCUCCAGGUGAACCUGGUCCCCCUGGACCUAGAGGGCCGCCCGGGGAGCGUGGAGAUGUCGGGAAAAUCGGCUUUACCGGGGCUCCACAGGGAACAGCACGGACUGACACCGGAGAACUUGGCUCGGCGUUUGGGAGUGUCAAGAUCGCCUUCUACGUCGGGCUUAAAAACCCACACGAGGGUUACGAGGUGCUCCGUUUCGAUGAUGUGGUAACUAACCUGGGCAACCACUACGACCCUUCUACUGGCAAGUUCACAUGCCAGGUGUCGGGAAUUUACUUCUUCACUUACCAUGUACUGAUGCGCGGAGGAGACGGAACCAGCAUGUGGGCAGACCUCUGCAAAAACGGCCAGGUUCGAGCAAGUGCCAUCGCCCAGGAUGCAGACCAGAACUAUGACUACGCAAGCAACAGUGUGGUGCUGCAUCUGGACUCAGGGGAUGAGAUAUAUGUGAAAUUGGAUGGUGGGAAGGCACAUGGUGGAAACAACAACAAAUACAGCACUUUUUCUGGCUUCAUACUGUACCCGGAUUGAGCUGGAGCACAAGAACAGACACUGAAGUGAAUAGUCAUUUACCAAGUUGACAUUAACACAGGUUGAAGCCCUGUCCAGUCUAACGCUUCAUUUCUGUGUAACUGUGGGAAUAUGCUAUUUUACUUACUGCCUGGACUAUAAAGUAUACAAAACCAUUGACAAGUUAAUGUUUAAAGUUGAGCUUUUUUUUUCAGACACAGCUCAAUCCCCAGUGAAACUUAAUACCUACAAGUUUGUUUAAGUCCAUAUGACACAAGUAAACCUUGGAAGCGUACAGAGGGUAUGUCUGAAGAGAGCUGGCUGGUGGGUGUGUCUUUAAAACACUAUAAUUAAUAUGAACAGCAAUCUGUCUGUAUAUAUUAAUUUAUUAAAAACAGUCAUGGCAUAUUGUUUUUGGCAUAAUGCAUUUGCAGUCCUGUAAAAUGUGUUCCCUAACCCUAACCAUAGCUAUUAAUUUACUGCCAGUUUUGUUAAAUAUAAUUCUAAAAUGCAUCGUAAAUAAAUGAAAAAAAUUCUAGCAAAGAAAUAUGAUACAAUUAGUGUAUUAAAACAAUUUUUUCAAUCUCAUGAUCAUAUUAAAACAAUCUCAUAUGCCAACAAACAAAAAACAUAAAAGAUCAAAUUUGACAAUUCAAAUGUCACUGAACUGAACACAACUGGUAAAAAAAAAUAAAUUAAUUAAAUAAAAAAAUAAAAGCUAAAAUAUUAUGCUAAUAUCAUACUAGCAGUAAAUAUCAUGCAUACUGUAUAUGAACUCAAAGAUAUGUCUUAAAGAUGUGUUACACACAAAGAUGCACUGUCAAUUUAGUUUUUAUAUUCAUUGGCUAGCUUAGUAUAGGUGCCACAAUUCAGUAGAUUAAAAUAUGAACAUGCAUUUUUAUGUUAAUUAGUUAUGACGUCAUUUUUACAGUACAGAGGUGUGAGACUUUAUGCAACAGAGUUUUUGGACCUGAAUGCCUAAAUGUGAAUGAAUGAAAAAAAAUCAUUCUUAGACUAAUGUAAUGUGAGCAUAAUUACUUUGUCUCCUGCAGUUCUGUUGUGUCACAAUAUUACUACUGCGUGCCAGCUAGUGUUAGCUAAUUAUGAUACCCAGACUAUCCUUUAACAUAUGGACUCCAAUACAUACUGGACUCAUAAACCAUUCAUAUUCCCAUAUAAGAACACAAAGACACACCUUCUGUUCCCUGCAUUGGGGAUGAUUUGAAAUAAAGAAGUAGGUUUUCAUUCAGCACUGGGUUUUUUGCUGUGUUGCCUGUUUGUGUUGUGUGUAUCAAACAUGCAUUUAAACUUUGUCAAAUCAAGUUUAUGAGGACAAUGUGUGAAUUAUUAGUAUAGGUCUGUCUGGAUUGCUAGUCCUAUAUGAUGUAUUUGUCCUGUAGCACAAUUUAUACACUGCACUGUUAAUAUUUAUUUAGGCAUUUCAAUAAAUAAUGUUUUGUAUAA